UUUACCUUCAAAUAUUGACUUGUCAAUUUAUGUGACAGUUCUUGUAUCUGUCACUUAGCUAAAGAUUUUCUAUACAUAUUUUUAGGUACGAUUUUAACGAAAAUACGACGUAAAUUUCAUUAAAAAAUGCUGCGCCAGCCUCUAUCCAGGGCACUCACCCUGAGCUCGCCGGUGCGCGCGGCGCCGCUGGCAGCGCGCCCCUACUCCGCGGCCCCUCCACCGCCUGAGAAAUUCGAAGUGUUCAUUGACGACAAGCCUGUUCAAGUUGCGCCUGGUACCACUAUCUUGCAAGCUGCAGCUCAAGUAGGAGUAGAAAUCCCCCGUUUCUGCUACCAUGAGCGUCUCGCCGUCGCCGGCAACUGCCGUAUGUGCCUCGUGGAGAUCGAGAAGUCACCCAAGCCUGCUGCAGCUUGUGCCAUGCCCGUCAUGAAAGGCAUGAGAAUCAAGACAAACUCAGACCUCACCAGGAAAGCCCGUGAGGGUGUCAUGGAGUUCCUGCUUGUGAACCAUCCUCUUGAUUGCCCUAUCUGCGACCAGGGUGGUGAAUGUGAUUUACAAGAUCAGUCAAUGGCUUUCGGAUCUGAUAGGAGUCGUUUUACUGAUAUCCAUUUCUCUGGAAAGCGUGCUGUUGAGGACAAAGACGUGGGUCCUUUGAUCAAGACCAUCAUGACCCGUUGCAUCCACUGCACGCGAUGCAUUCGGUUUGCGUCCGAGGUAGCUGGUGUUGAUGACUUUGGUACUACCGGCAGAGGCUCUGACAUGCAGGUUGGAACCUAUGUAGAGAAGAUGUUCCUGUCUGAGUUGUCAGGCAACAUCAUUGACCUGUGCCCUGUUGGCGCCCUCACUUCCAAACCAUACAGUUUUGCUGCUCGACCCUGGGAGACCAGGAGGAUUGAUUCCGUAGAUGUAUUGGACCCUCUGGGUAGCAACAUCGUUGUUGCUACUCGUACGAAUGAGGUGCUGCGUAUUCUCCCCAGAACCAAUGAGGAGAUCAACGAGGAAUGGCUAUCGGACAAGUCCCGGUUCGCAUGCGACGGUCUGAAGCGUCAGCGCUUAGUGACUCCUAUGAUGAAGGACAGCCGCGGGAACCUCGUCCCCGUCGAGUGGGAGGACGCCAUGGUCGCCGCCGCACGAGCGCUAAGAGACUGCCCGCCUGGCAAGCUAUUGGCCGUAGCAGGUGACCUAGCAGACGCAGAAUCGCUGGUGGCGCUCAAGGACCUGGUGAACCGGCUCGGCUCAGAGAACACUUGCACCGAGCAGUACUUCCCGCUAGAUGGCGCCGGCAUCGACCUGCGCUCCUCAUACCUCUGCAACACUAAGAUCGCUAACGUGGAAGACUCGGACUUCGUUCUCCUGAUCGGCACGAACACCCGGCUGGAGGCGCCGCUGCUCAACGCGCGUAUACGCAAGGCCUUCAUACACAAGGACACCGACGUCGCAUACAUCGGACCUAAAGUUGACCUCACCUACGAGUAUAUGCACGUAGGCGACUCAGCAUCCAUAGUUAAAGACCUCGCAUCAGGUUCAUCAUCUCACGAGGUGCUAAAACGCCUGGAGUCAGCUCAGCGGCCGGUCGUCAUUCUCGGCGCGGACCAGCUGAAGACUCCCGAAGGUCCCGCACUCCUCGCCUAUACACAGGAACUGGCCCUGCGCCUGCAGGAUAAAUUGCAAGACAAGAACUGGAAGGUAUUGAACGUCCUCCAACGCACAGCGUCCCAGGUGGCUGCGCUGGACAUCGGCUACCAGCCCGGAGUGGGCAAGGCGCUGGCCGACGGACCACAGGUCGUGUACCUGUUGGGUGCUGACAGCGGAGUAGUGUCGCGUGACCAACUGCCUAAAGGAGCUGUUGUUAUCUAUCAAGGUCACCACGGCGACGCGGGCGCAGCGAUGGCGGACAUCGUGCUGCCGGGCGCGGCGUACACGGAGAAGCGCGCCACCUACGUCAACGCCGAGGGCCGCGCGCAGCAGACGCUCGUCGCCGUCACGCCGCCAGGCAAGGCACGGGAGGACUGGAAGAUACUCAGAGCUCUAUCUGAAGUGAUUGGCGAACGUCUUCCUUACGAUAACUUGGACGAGGUUCGCGACCGCCUCAGUCAGAUCAGCCCCGCGCUCGUCACCUACGGCGACGUACAGGCCAACAACUACUUCGCACAGGCCAGGACUCUUGCUCAGAGCCUUCAGAAGCCCGUGUCAGGCAAAUUGGACGUGAAACUGAAGCAGCUUGAAGACUUCUUCAUGACCGACACCAUCAGCCGCGCCUCGCCCACCAUGGCCAAGUGCGUGCAGGCCGUCAUCAAACAGAAACAGUCUAAAUACUAGGCCGAAACUUAGGCGUAUGACACAUAUUCCCUCUUCUAAAAUGUAAGGGUAAUAUCUCCUCUAUAUGAUUCCGGUUAUAACCUUUUCAAAUCAAUACGUACUUUUUAUGCUUUUUUUAUAUACAGGGAUGUGUGUUGUACAAUUUAUUUAAGAUUAUAUUCCCAGCUUUUGUCGCUUGAGUUUUGUGUAUCAACGGUUUUUAGACAGUUGACUUUCCGUGUUGAAGGGGUUAGUACAGAAAACUCAAGAGUAUAAAGUUGAUACUUAGGGUAAUUAUAAAAUUUUUAUUUUGCCUUUCUGCAAUCAUUUUUACGAAGAAAAUACUACGGAAAUGCACUUUGCGCGGUCGAAACUCCUAUUACCUGCAUACCUCAGAAUGUCCUGAUUAAAUGAUACGCGGCCGCGCAUGUACAUUGUGAUUUGUAGCUAUUUAUUUUGUUAUUUAAUAGAUAAGCAUUACAGUGUUUCAACAAAUAAUAUUUCCAAUAUAUUUAAUUAUUCACGGUACUCAGUAGUAAAGGAUCGAUGGAAAGAAACCGAUUGUAACUUGAAUGUAAGGACAGAUAUUUGUAAAUAGUAUUGUUUGUAGCAUAAAAUAAAAUGUAGUAUAAUGAUUGUCGAAAA